GAUGUUUGCCCUGAGGCCUCAUGCUGUUUUCUCCCUCUACCCACAGCCCGUCAACACUGAAACUGCUCCAAAGAAUGUAGUGGACACGGGAGAAGGAGCCUCCCGGGGUGGAAACACACGGAAAAGCCUUGAGGAAGAUAGCUCCACCAGAGUCACGCCAAGUGUCCAGCCCCAUCCCCAGCCCAUCAGAAACAUGAGUGUGAGCCGGGCCGCGGACGACAGCUGUGAGCUGGACCUGGUGUAUGUCACUGAGAGGAUCAUCGCUGUCUCCUUCCCCAGCACAGCCAAUGAGGAGAACUUCCGGAGCAACCUCCGUGAGGUGGCCCAGAUGCUCAAGUCCAAACAUGGAGGCAACUACCUGCUUUUCAACCUCUCUGAGCGGAGACCUGACAUCACGAAGCUCCACGCCAAGGUACUGGAAUUUGGCUGGCCUGACCUCCACACCCCAGCCCUGGAGAAGAUCUGCAGUGUCUGCAAGGCCAUGGACACUUGGCUCAACGCAGAUCCCCACAACGUUGUCGUUCUACACAACAAGGGAAACCGAGGCAGGAUAGGUGUUGUGAUCGCGGCUUACAUGCACUACAGCAACAUUUCUGCCAGUGCGGACCAGGCCCUGGACCGGUUUGCAAUGAAGCGGUUCUACGAGGAUAAGAUUGUACCCAUUGGCCAGCCAUCCCAGAGAAGGUACGUGCAUUAUUUCAGCGGCCUGCUCUCUGGCUCCAUCAAAAUGAACAACAAGCCCUUGUUUCUGCACCACGUGAUCAUGCAUGGCAUCCCCAACUUUGAGUCUAAAGGAGGGUGUCGGCCAUUUCUCCGGAUCUACCAGGCCAUGCAACCUGUUUACACAUCUGGUAUCUACAAUGUCCAAGGAGACAGCCAGACCAGCAUCUGCAUCACCAUCGAGCCCGGGCUGCUCUUGAAGGGAGACAUCUUGCUGAAGUGCUACCACAAGAAGUUCCGGAGCCCAGCCCGAGACGUCAUCUUCCGCGUGCAGUUCCAUACCUGCGCCAUCCAUGACCUGGGCGUUGUCUUUGGGAAGGAGGACCUCGACGAUGCCUUCAAAGAUGAUCGAUUUCCAGAAUAUGGCAAAGUUGAAUUUGUGUUUUCUUAUGGACCAGAGAAAAUUCAAGGCAUGGAACACCUGGAGAACGGGCCAAGCGUGUCUGUGGACUAUAACACCUCCGACCCCCUCAUCCGCUGGGAUUCCUAUGACAACUUCAAUGGGCAUCAAGAUGAUGGCAUGGAGGAGGUUGUGGGCCACACGCAGGGACCCCUGGACGGGAGCCUGUACGCCAAGGUGAAGAAGAAGGACUCCCUGCACGGCAGCACCGGGGCCGUCAACGCCACGCGGCCCGCCCUGUCGGCUACCCCCAACCACGUGGAGCACACCUUGUCGGUGAGCAGCGACUCGGGCAACUCCACGGCCUCCACCAAGACAGACAAGACCGAUGAGCCUGCCCCCGGCCCCUCCAGUGCCCCUGCUGCCCUGAGUCCCGAGGAGAAGCGUGAGCUGGACCGCCUGCUCAGUGGCUUUGGCUUGGAGCGAGAGAAGCAAGGCACCAUGUACCACACCCAGCAUCUCCGGUCCCGCCUGGCGGGGGGCCCUGCUGCGCCCUCCUCCGGCCGCCAUGUCGUCCCGGCACAGGUUCACGUCAAUGGCAGGGCCUUGGCAUCCGAGCGGGAGACAGACAUCCUGGAUGAUGAGCUGCCCAACCAGGAUGGGCACAGCGUGGGCAGCAUGGGCACACUGUCCUCCCUGGAUGGGGUCACUAACACCAGUGAGGGGGGCUACCCGGAGGCCCUGUCCCCACUGACCAACGGUCUGGACAAGCCCUACCCCGUGGAACCUAUGGUCAAUGGCGGGGGCUACCCCUAUGAGUCUGCCAGCCGGGCAGUGCCUGCCCAAGCUGGCCACCCUGCCCCCAUGCGACCCUCCUACUCUGCACAGGAGAGUUUAGCUGGCUACCAGCAGGAGGGGCCCCACCCGGCCUGGCCACAGUCAAUGACCACCUCCCACUAUGGCCAUGACCCCAGCGGUAUGUUCCGCUCUCAGUCCUUUCCGGAAACCAAGCCCCAGCUGCCCCCAGCUCCAGCCCGGGGCGGGAGCAGCCGGGAGGCUGUGCAGAGGGGCCUGAAUUCCUGGCAGCCUCACCCACCUCCUCGCCAGCAGGAAAGAGCCCACUUGGAGAGCCUCGGGCUCAGCAGGCCCAGCCCCCAGCCAUUGGCAGAGCCCCCCAUGCCUGGCCUCCCCGAGUUCCCGCGGGCGGCCUCCCAGCAGGAGAUCGAGCAGUCCAUCGAAGCCCUCAAUAUGCUGAUGCUGGAUCUGGAGCCAGCCACGGCGGCCGCCCCACUGCACAAGUCCCAGAGUGUCCCUGGGGCCUGGCCAGGCGCUUCCCCGCUCUCCUCCCAGCCCCUCUCUGGCUCCUCCUCCCAGUCCCAUCCACUGACCCAGUCCAGAUCUGGCUACAUCCCCAGUGGGCAUUCCUUGGGCACCCCUGAGCCUGCUCCCCGGGCCUCCCUGGAGUCUGUCCCUCCUGGCAGGCCUUACUCACCUUAUGAUUAUCAGCCGUGUCUAACGGGGCCCAACCAGAGUUACCGUCCAAAGAGCCCAGCUGCCUCCUCCUCGUCUGCCUUCCUUCCAAACGCCCAGAGCUCUCCGGGGCCUCAGCUGCCCCCAGUCUCUCUCCCUGGCCUCACCACUCAGCCUCAGCUUCCACUGAAGGAGGUGACUUCAGACCCAUCCCGAACUCCAGAGGAGGAGCCAUUGAACUUGGAGGGGCUUGUGGCCCACCGGGUAGCAGCGUACAACGCCAGGCUGCAGGGCACUGGGCAGAGUGUCGGCGUCGGGCACCCUCCUCUCCACCGGCUCCGAUCUUCCUCUCUCUCUGGUGGCCUCCCGGAUCCCCUCCCUUCUGGAUCCCCAGGCAAGCAGUCGGACACCCAGCCCCGCCACCUGGAGCUGAGGAAUCCAGUUUUUUGGAAAUUGGAAGGCUGGAAAGAAGAGCUGGGGGUGCAGGCUCGGGAGAAGCAGCCUGCAGAGCCCCCAGCACCUCUCCGGAGGCGGGCGGCCAGCAAUGGGCAGUACGAGAACCAGUCGCCAGAACCUGCAUCGCCCCGUAGUCCUGGGGUUCGCUCCCCUGUCCAGUGCGUCUCCCCAGAGCUGGCUCUCACCAUCGCUCUCAAUCCUGGAGGGCGGCCCAAAGAGCCCCAUCUGCACAGCUACAAGGAGGCCUUUGAGGAGAUGGAGAGAACCUCUCCGACCAGCCCACCGCCCAGUGGGGUGCGCUCCCCUCCAGGUCUGGCCAAGACACCUCUGUCUGCUCUGGGCCUGAAGCCCCAUAACCCAGCCAGCAUCCUGCUGCACCCCACCGGCGAGGAGGAUGAGGGGAAGGUGGUGACAGAGCUUUCUGAAGAGCCCCGGAGCUAUGUGGAGUCGGUGGUGCGGACGGCAGUGGCUGGGCCCCGGACUCAGGAUCCUGAGCCCAAGAGCUUUAGCGCCCCGGUUGCCCAGGCCUAUGGCCGCGAGACACCCCUGAGGAACGGGACCCUGGGAGGCUCCUUUGUCUCCCCCAGCCCCCUUUCCACCAGCAGCCCCAUCCUCAGCGCUGACAGCCCUCCCACCUCACAUCACCCAGGGGACCUGAGCUUAUCCAACCUGGCCCAGGGUGUGGCCGGCCAGCCUCCAGACUCCUUCCAGUCUGCGGCUCCAGGCUUUGGAGCAUCUAGCACUUCAGUGGGGAGUUUCCCAUCAGGGGAGAGCAGCGACCAGGGCCCGCGGACACCCACCCAGCCUCUGCUGGAUUCUGGCUUCCGCUCCGGCAGCCUGGGCCAGCCCAGCCCUUCGGCUCAGAGAAGCUACCAGAGCUCUUCUCCUCUCCCGACUGCGGGCAGCAUCUACAGCAGCCCCGACUACUCACUUCAGCAGUUCAGCUCCCCGGAAAGCCAGGCCCGGUCUCAAUUCAGUGUGGCGGGUGUCCACACGGUGCCCGGGAGCCCUCAGGCACGGCACAGGACAGUGGGCACCAACACUCCCUCUAGUCCUGGCUUUGUCCGCCGGGCCGUGAAUCCCGGCAUGGCUGCCCCCUGCAGCCCCAGUUUGAGCCACCGCCAGGUGAUGGGUCCACCCGGAACUGGUUUCCAUGGUAACACGGUCUCCAGCCCCCAGAGCAGUGCAGCAACCACUCCGGGAAGCCCCAGCCUGGGUCGGCACCCUGGGGCCCACCAAGUUUCAAGCCUCCAUGGCAAUGUGUCUACAGCUCCAGGGAGCCCCAGCCUGGGCCGGCACCCUGGGGCCCACCAAGGCAACCUGGCCUCCAGUCUCCAUGGCAACGCAGUAGCCAGCCCCGGAAGCCCCAGCCUGGGCCGUCACUUGGGAGGGUCUGGAUCUGUGGUUCCCGGCAGCCCCAGCUUGGACCAGCAGGUGGCCUAUGGUGGCUACUCCACCCCUGAGGACCGGAGACCCACGUUGUCCCGACAGAGCAGCGCCUCGGGCUACCAGGCCCCUUCGACGCCCUCCUUUCCUGUGUCCCCUGCCUACUACCCCGGCCUGAGCCACCCCGCCACCUCCCCCUCGCCAGAUUCAGCAGCCUUCCGACAAGGGAGCCCGACACCGGCCUUGCCAGAGAAGCGGAGGAUGUCCAUGGGAGACCGAGCGGGCAGCCUCCCCAACUACGCCACCGUCAACGGGAAGGUGUCCUCCUCGCCUGUCGCCAGCGGCAUGUCCAGUCCCAGCGGGGGCAGCGCCGUCUCCUUCUCCCACACUCUGCCCGACUUCUCCAAGUACUCCAUGCCAGACAACAGCCCUGAGACGCGGGCUAAAGUGAAAUUUGUCCAGGACACUUCCAAGUAUUGGUACAAGCCCGAGAUCUCCAGAGAGCAGGCCAUCGCCCUCCUUAAGGACCAGGAGCCAGGGGCUUUCAUCAUCCGGGACAGCCACUCCUUCCGAGGAGCCUAUGGGCUGGCCAUGAAGGUGUCUUCGCCCCCUCCGACCAUCAUGCAGCAGAAUAAAAAAGGGGACAUGACCCAUGAGCUCGUGAGGCAUUUCCUGAUAGAGACGAGCCCCAGAGGAGUCAAGCUCAAGGGCUGCCCCAACGAGCCAAACUUCGGAUCUCUGUCUGCCCUGGUCUACCAGCACUCCGUCAUCCCACUGGCUCUGCCCUGUAAGCUGGUCAUUCCACACCGAGACCCCACAGAUGAAUCAAAAGAUAGCUCGGGCCCUGCCAACUCAACCAGUGACCUGCUGAAGCAAGGGGCAGCCUGCAACGUGCUCUUCAUCAACUCUGUGGACAUGGAGUCACUCACUGGGCCACAGGCCAUCUCCAAAGCCACUUCUGAGACACUGGCUACUGACCCCACGCCGGCUGCCACCAUCGUCCACUUCAAAGUUUCUGCCCAGGGAAUUACACUGACUGACAACCAGAGAAAGCUCUUCUUCAGACGACACUACCCCCUCAACACCAUCACCUUCUGUGACCUGGAUCCACAGGAGAGGAAGUGGAUGAAGACGGAGGGAGGUUCCCCUGCUAAGCUCUUCGGCUUUGUGGCCCGGAAACAGGGCAGCACCACGGACAACGCCUGCCACCUCUUUGCUGAGCUUGACCCCAACCAGCCGGCCUCCGCCAUCGUCAACUUUGUCUCCAAGGUCAUGCUGAGUGCCGGCCAGAAGAGAUGAACUCCCCCCUCCCCUUGCCCGGGGCCAGGGCAGUGGGGAUGGGUAUGUGGGGAAGGGACCUGUGCAUCCUGACCAUCCUUGAAUCCAGAAGGAGGACUUUGGGCCAAUUUUGGAGAAGGAGAGAAGAAAGUGUAACGUGGGGAGAGGGAAGUGAAUUGAGCGGGGAGGGGGAGAGAGAGAGAAAGAAGGCAGAAGAUGGAGGAGAAUAACUCGGAUUCCCCCGGGGAGAUGGAUCCUGCAAAACCCCCAGAGCCUCCAAAACUAACCAGGUCCACCUAACUCCCCCUCCACCCUCCGAGAGGAUGGAACUCCUCAAGAGAGGCAGAAUGAACCUCUCUGGAGAUCCACAUUUUGGGGGGAAAUGGAAAAGCUCUUUUUUUCCUAACCCAACUGCUUUGCAAGGAGAAAUCCUGUCAAGAGAAUCUUUUUCUGUCCACCUCUAGGGUAGAUCACCACACCAAAAAGAGCCACCAUGGGACAUCCAGUGGUGGAACUUUUGCUUUUGAAAGUAUCUCAGACCUGAGGCCCCUAAGGUCUCUUUGCUCUGCCUCUGAUGUACAGUUUGUGGGUAUCUUUAUGGGGUGUAUCUAUGGCCACACCCACAUCCUCACACACUGAUUUCUGUUUGCCUCUCAGCUUGAAUUAUAAACAGGUAUACUUGUCCGUGUCCCCUGUGUUUGCACACACAAGUGCAUACUGUCCAAAGAAAGUUAGAGUCGUGGGGGACAGGGCAGCAGGGAGGGGGCAUAAGCCCUCUUCCCCAGGAACACCCAGGAUUGUGGGUAAUGGACGCUCUCUUGGUCCCUGCACCUGCUCUAACAGCCUUGGGUGCCGCCAGCCCCUUCUCCUCAAGAGACCCCCACGGAGUGGGUCUGGCCACGCUGCAACGUUACCCCUGAUCUGCCUCCACCAGGAAGCUGGAGCAUUGGUUUGAGGAGAUGGCGACUUGUGUGUCCGGAGCUCUGGGGAAGAGAUCCCUCAGGAAGGGAGGCUGUUGAGCUCUAGGCACCUUCCCCGAGGCGUGUGGCCCAGCCUCGGGGUGGGCAGGUGGCUCCCGCCAGCUCCCAGCCCUCAACCCCUUCUUGGGUUUCGUGCCCCAGACCAGCCUUUCUCAGACUUGCUCAUGUGCAUGUUGCCUUUCAGGGUGCUGGCGAUUGAGCCUUCCUGCUCUGCCCUGCCCUGUUCUGUCCUGCAGGGCCCCCAUCCUGGGAACCUGCUUCUGUAAGCCCUGCUCGGCGAGGCCCAGGAGAGACCCCUGCAGUUCCUGUGAUCCCUUUGCAAGGGAUCGGGGGUCUGACUUUUGCUGGACCGCCCAGGGGAGCUGCUCAGAGUUCUGGGGGAUGCUGCCUGCACACCACAUGGCCUGCCUACGAUACCAAAGCCUUGCUCUUCCCCCUUCUGCCUUGGUUCCCCCCCGCCCAGAGCCCAGCUGCCGUGCAGCAGAGAGCAGAAGGCACACAUUUAGGCCAAAGGGCUGAGAGUCCAGCUGGGCGAUUGGACACUCCCUGACCACCACCCAAGUGCUCUAAGCCAGAUGGAAAACCCACCACGACUCCAUCCUUGAGUAGCUUCUUAAGCCUCUGGGUUCCCUAGAGAGAGGCAUUGUACUGAUAUAUAAAUAUAUAUAAUAUAUAUGUGAGACAUACUGACAGAAUCUGUAAGCUAAUGAAAUAUAAGAAAAGGUUAAAAAAAAAAGAAUAGGUAAAUUGACAAGAAGUAUUUAUUAUUUCCCCAUAUAGCUUUAUUGCCUCCCCGGCAUAAUCCAGUCCCCAUCCCUCUCUGUACCUAUAAGUGAAGCCUGAAAGGUAGGGGCCUUUAUCCUUGGAGCAAUCAGGGGUCUCCUUGCCCUGGCCUUGGCCUUCCCUAGACUCUGACUAGGGCUCAGCGGGGAGGGGGUGCACGUGUUCCGUCCCCUUCACCCCGCCUUAUUUUUGGCAAGCUGGGCCCGGCUGUCAGCUCCCAGAGAUGAGGGCUUAGCAGCCUGCCUCCCUGCAGGCCCGAGCGGGUGUGUGAGCCUGCAGGGGACACGGGUGUGUGUGGCGGGCGUGGGUGAUGUGUGCGUCUUGUAUUUUUUUUCUCUUCCAAGAAGCUGCAUCUGUGUGGAUGUUCUGUUCAGGGAGUUGGAAAGGAGAGCGUCUGAAGAUGGUGGGGAGUAGCCCCCUGCUUCCCAAAGAUUGAAACCUUGUUCUUGGUGACCAAGACUCCCCCAAAGGGCUCUUCCUUCUGAGGCUUUCAAGCCGGACACCGUGAUUUCCCCUCUCUCAUUCCCUACCUAACCCCAACUCUCUUCCCAGACAGAAGAGGAUAUUCCCACCCACUUCCUUUGUAAAUAUCUUAAUCUCCCACCGGACAGCCCGGGAACUCUCUCCUGGUUUGGAUGGCCGGGCGGAGCAUCAGACCCUUCAUGUGAGUCUGGGGUCAGCCUUCACACGUGCUUUCCCACCACCCACCAGCAGCCCCCCGCCCUCAGGCCUGAGCCAUGUGUGACUCUGGGAAGGACUCAGGAGAUGCUGGGGAGCUGAUCAACUCCCCCGACCCAACAUCCCUCUGGAAAGAGUCAGUUUCCGAGAGUGUGGCCCGUCCAGAAGAACGAUGGGGAAGGGUACCCCAAUCUCCACCGUGGUCUCACCUUUGGGUCAGACACUGCUUGGGAUAACCCUCCCCGUGUCUCACAGGUUAGGCCCGUGCACCUUGCACACGUGCGCACAUACACACACACAACCACAGCACUGCAGUAUGUUCUUGCCAAAGAUUUCCUUUAAAAGAAAGCACUUUUAAUAAUUAUUGUUAUUAUUGUGUGAAUGUUUAUCCUUUUUUCUCCCCAUCCCUCUCCCCAACCUUUUUUGCUGUUGUUUAUUGUUGAAUCUGUUUGUCAGCCAGGAGAGUGCCGUCUGGUCUUGAAAGUGGGCUGGGGAGUUGGGGAUGGGAAAGGGUCUGGGAGGAGUUGGCAAGAAAGAGCCUGAGGCCGGAGAGGCCUGGUCAGCUUGGGAUGCAGGGAUGCAGACCCCAGGCAAGCUCAGGCCCCAGCCCCGGGCCCAGCCUGUGUCUUGCUGUGCAUCCAGGCCUCUGAGGCAGCCGAGGCCUCGCCGUAGCUGCCCUGUACGGUGUCUGGAGGGAACAGGGGGCAGGGAAGUGACAGGCCUCCAAUUCAGCAGGGAGAGAGGCCCAGCAAGGUCCCCGUGACCCUUCCCAGAUGGAGUGAGAGGGGAGGACUGGGCAUGGAAAUAGUGGAGAGGUGACCGCAGAGGGGAAACGGGGAGGAAGGGAACAGUUUGGUGGAGCUCCAGGGCUGAGCGGAUGCCCCUGCCCUGCGAUCGUGGUGUUCUGGUUCCCUCCUCCAGCCAGGUGUUCCAGGGACAGAGACGUUGUGUCCUAGGUUUGGGAAAGGCCCUUUGACCCAGGUCCCCAUUGGAGCCUCUCCCGCAGCAGCUCCAAAUGCUUGCGGACUGCCAGGAUUCCUUCUUCCCUGGCAGGGUUUUGAGGGAUCCCUGGGUGUGUCAGAGACGGGCAGGAUAGGGGUGGGGGGACCUGGUGGCUGUGUAACCAUAAGAGAGAGCCCGAGGGACACGUGUGAUUCUCUGUAAAGGGGCUCCCGGAGGGACAUGAAUCGAACACCCUUCUGCCCACUCGGAUGGGCCGAGCAGAGGUUGGGCAGGCCCCUGGUGGCCCCCAGGGGUCUGUGAACGAGUCUGUACGUGGAACAGUGUCUACGGCCCCCUUCCCUGGGAGGUUCGUCCAUCACCCCUGCCUCCUGGGUCUGUUCCCCUGCUUUGAUCUUUCCCAGCUUCAGGACCUGGAUCUGGGGGGUUCAAGGAGGCCAAUGCCCUUUCCAAGGGCUGCCUCCUGCCCCUCCAUCUCCCCACCCUUGGGAUCCUUGCAGAGGCUGGGGGCAGAGUCCCGGGGCUACUUUUCACCCGGGUCGAGGCCCCGGAAUCCUGAGACUGGAGCGCCCUGGCCAGUGGUAACACAGAACGUGUGCGCGCGCGUGUGCAAGUGUGGGUGUAUGUGUGUGCGUUUUUUGCUUGUCUCUUUAGGGAACUUAGGAGUUGGGUCGGAGGUGGUUGGCGAUGGGAUGUCAAGUUCACUAUCAGCCAGCGGCGAAAGGAAUCAGGAGGCAAGGCUUGUAGGGCCCCUGAUUGGGGGAAUCUCAGUGUCGGUAAUGGUGAGGACCAACCACACGGGGUAGCGCUCCUCUGUCCUCAGAUGUUGAAGUGUUGGAGGACCUCUGUUUAUUUCCCACACCUGGACUUUUCCCAGCUGCGAGGUAAUUGUAAAGGGAUAGCCCACUUUUGUUUCUAAUCAGUAUUCAACAGCUUGAGACUCUCCUGCGUGUCCACGUGUGGCUCGUGUGUGUGAGAGAGCACAUCUGUGCGUGCAUGCUGUGUUUCCCCACCUCUCCCCUCUCUGACAUGUCAUUCAAAACAAAUGUAAGAAAUUCCUCACCUCCAUCCCCUCCUGCCUCCCAGACCCUCUGCAGGAAAAACCCAAUAACCCAGCAUCCUCCUGAUCCCCUGGCUGUGUAUUUAUAUAGAUGGAAAUAUACUUUCUAUUUUGUAUCAUCGUGCCUAUAAUCUCUGUCAUCUUGUAUAAACCCUGAUGUAUGCUACUUACCCUGGAUAUGAAUGUAUUGUACACUGAUGCUGUCCUACUCCUGUACAGCUGCUUUGUUUCUUUGCAAUCCAUUGUAUGGCUUUCUAAAUGAUAAAGUGAAAGAAAAAUCUGUGCUGUUAA